AUGUUAAGGUUAAGACUCUACUUGAUAACCUAUCCACCGACACUUCCCAAGAAAGGCUUCAUUCCCAACGAGGAGAGGUGUGUCGGCGUCACAUCUCACGCCUACAUUAACACAUACGUCAAAGCUAUAGCCACGAAUUCGGCAUUCAUAGGCUGGAAAGCUGAAACCAUUGAAUGCGACCCCGAGGAUCCCAUCAUCAAGAGAUAUAUCGAGAAGGAUGGAGGGAAAGUGAAGAUUGUUGGUGAUGAAUGGAAACCAAAUGGGGAUGAUGCAUGGGCUACUGCUGGAUUGUUUGAGUUGGGGUACCGCAAGGAAUCUGAGCAGCUUGACAUUUCUAGCUAUACGAAUCAGUACUUCAUCGCACAAGACAUCGAUGCCUUGAAGGAUAAGCCCAAAAGAUUUUGGUACAUUCAAGUCUUGUUUCUCAUGAAUGAAGACGACCUUGAAGACUAUAAGAAACUUGACGGGGGUUGUGAGCCUUUCCGCGAGGAAAUUGCAGAUGGGAGGAACGGCCACGGUGGAUGGAUUGCGAAAGGCAUACAAGAAGAAUACGCCCGUGUCGUCUUAGGAAAAGUUCCUAGAGAGAAAGCUAUCAAAGAGAAAGACGAAGUGGAACUGUCAAACGGAAUCAUGUCUAUGGGGAUUAGUGAUAAGGCAGCAUGUUCACGGGUGUGGUGA